AUGGCCCGGCCGUAUAACUAUGGCGGCGGCAGCUACAAGCCAAAGCAGCAAUCCACCAACAGCUGGAAUCAACACGCCUACGGCUACUCGUCCAAUUUCUUCAGUGGGGACGGUUCCAGCAAUAAUGGCAACAACACCUCCCUCGUCGAGGACUUUGUGGCCUUUGUGAAAAAGGCCCUCCGGGCUAUGGUCAAGUUCUGGCGCGAACGUGGCCGGCGGAUGGUGGUUACGGCGAUUUAUAAUACGGUGCACCAAAUAAAGAGGAAUUUGACGUAUAAUCGGAUACUCAGCGUUCCGCAUUUGCUGGUUGGGUUCUGGGUUGUGGUGUUGCUUUGGGGGGAGAGAUGGACUUUCCAUUCCAUGGUGGAAAACUGCGCGUGGGAGAAUUGGGAGAACUGGCCCGCCGGCGCCCAACCCCACCGCGUAGCCCUCGUUGCCGACCCCCAGCUCAUCGAUCCUCAUUCUUACCCUGGCCGACCAUGGCCAAUACAAGCCCUGACGAUUAAGUUGACGGACAACUACAUGAAGCGUGGGUAUGGUCAGCUUCAGGAGCAGCUCGACCCCGACAGUGUCUUCUUCCUCGGUGACCUCUUUGACGGCGGCAGAGAAUGGAAGACGGCCCACGGCGACUUUAGAGACCCCUCGUGGGGACCACACCCGAAAUCGGAACAGAAAUACCUAAAGAGCUGGAACAAACACUAUGGGGAGUUUUACUGGCUGAAGGAGUAUGGCCGGUUUGGGGAGAUAUUCAUCAAGCCGUGGAUCAAGUCCGGGAUGGAAUCCGGCAAGGAACACAAGCGCAGGAAGUUCGUCACGAGCUUACCAGGAAAUCACGACUUGGGGUUUGGGGCGGAGAUCAAAGUCCCCGUGAGGAACCGAUUCGAGACGUACUUUGGGGAAGGGAACAGGGUGGAUGUUGUGGGGAAUCACACGUUUGUUUCGGUCGACUCGGUGUCGAUGAGUGCGGAAGUGUCGCCCGAGGCGGCGAGACAUGACCUCAAGCCGAUUUACAUGCCUACCAAGAUCUUUCUGGAUAGGCUGCAAUGGCUGAAGCCGAUCGCGGUGGAGAAGGAGCUGAGGAUGAUGAGAGGGGAGGUGCCGGAGGUGCAGUUUAAGCACAGGAUUGAGGAGGUGGAUAAGGCGAAUUUCAAAGACAAGCCCAGUCUUGGUACUGAAAAGACGCCGGAGCUGCCGACGAUUCUGCUGAGCCAUGUCCCGCUUUAUCGACCGCCUGGGACGCCCUGCGGCCCGCUGAGGGAGAGACACCCCCCUGCGAAACCACCAAAGGGACAGACGGGGUCGGUGGUGCCUGAUCAUGGGAACGCUAUUUCUGUUUCGAGGGGGUAUCAGUAUCAGAACGUGCUUGACGAGCAGCAGUCGAUUAGUUUGUUGAAGAAGGUUGGCAAUGUGGUUCACGCCUUUUCGGGGGAUGAUCAUGACUAUUGCGAGCUGGUGCACUCUGAGGAGCAGCGGAGGGUUAAGGAGAUCACGGUGAAGAGUAUCAGCAUGGCGAUGGGGGUGAAUAAACCGGGGUUUGUCCUGGUUAGUCUGUGGAACCCACUGGACAGCGGGGGGAAGCCGCUUAAUCCGGAUCAGAAGCAGACGCUGCAGACGCACUUGUGCAUUUUGCCUAGUCAGUUGAGCACGUAUAUUCGCUACGUGGGGUUUGCGAUCAUUUCGGUUAUCAUUUUGGUGGUGAGGGCGUUCUUGGUGCCGGUUUUGAAGCUCACGCCUUUUGCGCUGGAGCCGGAGGUGCAGGGGGUGCAGUAUAGGGGGAGUGCACUGCUGCCUGUGUUCAAGGCAAAGGUGGAGGAUUAUGAUGAGUUUAGGUUUCCUUCUAGUGGGCUGGGGUCUUCGAGAAGUGGUGGGGGGAAGGGGAGGGAUAGGAGUGGUUCGAGUGUUGGUGGACAUGGACAUAGCAGGGAGAAGAGCAAGGGGAAGUGGAGGGGGCAGCCGAGGAUAGAGAUUAGGAGCGAUGAGAGGGAGGAGGAGAAGUGGAGGCCGAAGGGGAGGGGGAUGGGUUAUAACAAGGGAAAGGAUACGGUUGCGGCGGUGGUGGUGAGGGAGAUGUGGACUACGAUUUGGAGGGCGACGUGGAUGGUUUUGGGGUGGUUUGGGUGGUUGAACUGGUAG